AUGGCCAGCACAAUAACGAUCCAACUGCCUGGGGGCCCCAUCAAAGCGAAUUUGACAUAUGACAGCCUCAUUCACGCACGGGGAAUUCCUUACGCCCAAGCUGAGCGCUUUGAAGCACCACGGCCGAUCAAAAAUUGGACCGAGAUCCUGAACUGCACAGAACGCGCGCCAAUAUGCCCACAGCUCCCUUCGCGGCUGGAGUCUGUCAUGGGCCCAUUGACCAAGGGCCAUAGCUUGAGCGAAGACUGCCUGCGCGUAUCCAUCAUUGCGCCCAAGAAUGUCACAAACGCCCCCGUCAUGGUUUGGUUACACGGUGGCGCCUAUAUCUCCGGCGGCGGAGACCUGGACUGCUAUCAGCCGAUUGACCUCGCCAAACGAGGGGUAGUCAGUCUCAACAUCACCUAUCGAUUGGGAGUGUUCGGAUACUUGCAUUUAGACGGCAUUGCGCCCGCCAAUCUUGGGCUGUUAGACCAGCGAGCUGCAUUGCAAUGGGUCCAAGACAACAUAUCUGCCUUCGGUGGUAAUCCGGGAAAUGUCACAAUGGUCGGUCAAUCCGCAGGCGCGGAUUCGAUUGUCUGUUUGAUGGCCUCGGAGAAUACUAAAGGUCUUUUCCAUCGUGCCAUUCUUCUCAGCCCACCAUUACGAGAGUUGAAAGAACGAACUCCUACGGUACCUAUGCUCACGCAAAGAGCGGAGCAGCUUCUUACAAAGGACCCAAGGGAAAUGACCAUCGAUGAAUUACUUGGCGUGCAGAGGCAGCUCUUAAUGGAUCCAGUUCAGACCCAAGUCAUGCUAUUCGCCCCUGCUCUUGGAUACUCGCCCCUCCCAGCGGAGCAAGACUUUGAUCAAAAAGUUUAUGAGGCUGCGAAGGAUAUCCCUAUUCUCAUUGGCUGGACUGGCCACGAUGGGCGCCCGUUUGCCAGCAUGAUGGGACCGCAGAAUCUACUCAAAUUGCCUAUAAUCGGGCCCUAUGUGGAGGCUCUUGGAACCUGGUAUAUUACACAGAGCUACUUCAAGUGGCCAUCUCAGCGCUUCCAUCAGCAAGUUCUCCAAGCCGGUGGGAGAUCAACAAGUUAUACAUUUGACUGGGCAGGUACAAAGAACCCAUUGGGUGCAUGUCACUGCAUCGACGUCCCGUUUGUACUGGGCACGCGAGAAUCCUGGAAAGCUGCCCCUAUGCUUGCUGGUAAGGAUACUGAAGAGCAUCUCUCCCGGCUUGGCUCGGACCUCAAGGAUCUAUGGGUGAGAUUCGCGAAUGGACGCAGGCUCAAGGAAGGUCAUCUUGAGUUCAGUAAGAGCUUUACCCUAUCAGAAGCUCUUUUCGAGGACAAGAAAUAG